UUCGUUUCCAACAUUUUUUUUGUACAUUUUGGGGUCUCUCCCUCUGACCCGACUGGUGAAUUGUUUACGCGAUUUGUUUGCGUUGGUGGGAUAAAGGAUAUAUUUUACGUAAUCAUGGGUGGUUUUAGAGAGUUAUGGGUGGUUUUAGAGACAUUUUUAUUUAUUUUCGAGGGUAAUAUUUCUUUUAAAGUUUAAAUUAUUUAUCGCUAUUGAUCAAAAUUAAAAAUUUACUCAACUUAUUUUAGGCUCCGCGCCCCAUUUACAUUAAAAAUCCAAAAAAAUUCCACUAAAUCCGGACGCUCGAAGCGUCUCCUAAAACACUGAAAUAAUAAAUUUACAUUAUUAAAUAACACUAAACAACAAAAAUGGUUCUUCGAGUCAUGUACGUGAUUGAAUUGAUGGAGGCUGAAGAAGGCGGCAUCGAGCUAGUUGACCCCUCUUGGUGUCCAGAGGAAGGUCCCCCACGCCGUAAAGUAAAAUCACCUCCAGUCAUCUCUCCAACUGGUUCAUCUACAUCAUUAUACAGUGGGGGAAGUAGCCAACUUGAAUGGCAAACAACAGGUACAGCUUUGGAAAUGCAAGGAACCAAAGUCACACGUACUCAAUAUGGAUUUCGUACAUUACAAGAAUCUUCUGCUAAAAUGUACAAAGACAAUGUUUUGGUUCGAGAAGACGACCGCCAUACAUUUUAUGCCGAUGAAGAUGGAUUCUUCGCUUUAACAAUAGAUCCAGUUCAAACAGGGGAUACUGGAAGAUAUACUUGUGUAGCUACUAAUGAAUAUGGACAAGCUAGCACUUCAGCUUUCUUUCGAGUUUUAAAAGUAGAAAAAGAAUCAGCAUCUCCUGAUUUUGUUAAAAUGUUGGAACCAUCAGAUAUGAGUUGUAAAGAGGGGGAUGUUGUUGAUUUUGAAUGUCAAGUUAGUGGUUGGCCUGAACCUGAACUUCUUUGGCUAAUGGAUGGACAGCCAUUAAGGCCCUCCCACGAUUUCCGAAUUCAGUAUGACGGGCAACGAGGAACAUUACAAAUCCGAGACGCUCAACCGGAUGAUACUGGCACAUAUACAGUACGCAUUACAAAUGAUUAUGGUGUGGCAGAAACACGGUGUCGGCUGGAGGUUCAGUCAGAUCCAGAUAGAAACCAUGUUUCUCCAGAAUUUCAAGCUGUCCUCGAAGAUGCAGACUGUAAUGAAGGGGAUACUUUGAAGUUUAAAGCAAUUCUUACUGGUGAUCCGAACCCCGAGGUGAUCUGGUACAUUAAUGGAAUUCCACUUACUCAAUCAGAAAAGGUAUCUAGAAAAGUUUAUUAA